AAAAAUCUCGUCCAAUCCACGCGUUCGUCUGGUAUUGUAAUGCCCCCCUUCUCCUCUUUGCCCAUUGGGAUCGGUCGUGGUGCUGAUGGUUGCUUACACAAAACGGCAAUAUGGCUUCCGCCAUCGUGAGCAAGUGAUAGUUGUAAAUGUGUCAAUUUUUCCAAUAAUAAAUAAAUAAUAAUAAUUUAUUUAUAAUCAUUUUAAUUUAAUUAACAAAGUUUAAAUUUAUUUUCAUUUAUAUACUUUAUUAUAUGACAUUUUUAUUGAUAAAAAUUAUAAUUAAAUUUAUAAAAAAUAUUUAAUAAUGUUUAUUAUUAUGGGCCUAAAUAGCAUCAUAAAAUCACGGUUAAUGCAAGUGUGUAUGAUUUGUAUAUAUUGAUACAAAAUCUGUGUGACUUUUUGUGUGUGUUUAUGUGUGUGUUUAAAAAGUACAUUGCUUUAAUAAUUUAUUGACUAAAAUAGACAAUUAAAUUUGUGUUUUUAUUUUUGUGAAAAAAGAGUAAUAACAAUUUAUUUAUAAAAUAAAAAACACUGGUGCAAGUGAGACAAAAUGUAAAAAAAAAAUAAUAAACUUUGGGGACUCAUGGUGGCAAGUCUUGUCGAUUGGUCGAGAGAGCGCUUCGUACACAAACCAAACCUAGUUGGGCCCAACCUCGUGCCAAUAGUUUAUGUUUGUUUGUUUAUUUGUUUAUCGUUAAUAUUAUUAUUAAUUUGUUGUUCAAGUAUUUUAUCGUGAAAUACAAGUACUAUUAUUAUUAUAUUUAUAUUGUAAAUGAUAUCAUUAAAAGAUUAAACAAAUGUAAAAGCAAUCAAACAAGUAUCGUGUGUCAAAUGAUUAACAUGCAAAAUAUAUUUGUUUAUAUUAUUUUUUAAAUUUUACAUGAAGAAAAAAGAGUUGAUUUAUGAACAAUAUAAUUAAAUGGUAUGUUAUUUAAACAAUAUAAUAUAUAAAUUAUGAAAAAUUUAAAAAACCAACCUAGAAAAAAUAGGUUAAUGUAUUGUUAAUUUUAAAUAGACUAAACGAACAAAAAGAAAAAAAAAAUAUAGACGCAAAAGUUUAUGAUUUUAAGACGUAUAUUUGUUGAAUUAAUAAUUUUUAUUUGGUUAAUUUUUUUUGUCAAGAAUAAGAUAAGAGAAAACAAAAAAACCAGUGAAUUGAUAAAUGAAAAUUUAUGGAAAAUUGUAUUAUUCAUUGACCGUUUGGUUUGCAUGAAUAUACAUUAAAUAGACUGAGAAUUUAAAAAAAAAAAUAAUAGCUUAUUUUAUUUGCAAGUAGUGUAUAUUCACAUGAGUUAUUUUAUUAUUACAACAAGUGAAGUUUAAAUAACAACAAUAACAAAAAAAAAAAUAGAAUCGAAAAAAAAAGGAUAAAGAUAGAGACAUUGCGAAUAAAUAUAUUUGUUAAAAAAUAUAAAAUAUAUAUGUAUUAAAUUAUAUACAUAGCCUUUUUCUGCCUUUAUUUUCUUGGCUGCGAAUAUUGGUAGAUAGAAAGACAUAGUGAUCACACACAGCUGCGCGCGUUUUACUUUUCAACAGUGUGUGAGAAAAUAGUUGUAGAGUGAGUACGUCAGUAAAUGAGUGAGUGAACAAUAUUACCAGAGCAUUGCCCCUCUGUAUUUCCCUUCUCUUAUUCAAGUUUGUUGCUUCAAAAAAAAAAACAUUUAUAAAUCAUACCUUGGCUAUGAUUAUUUAGCCAUAUUGCAAUUUUGGAGUAAAAAAAAAAAAACAUUGGAGUAAGAAAAAAAAAAAAAAAGAAAUCAUAAUAAAAUAAUUUUAUUGCACAAUAUUAACAUUGACAAUAAUAACAUAAUUGUUGCGGUGUUGAAAAAAAAAAAUAAAGUCCAAUAGCGUAUUUGAUGCCAUGAGAGCAGACGAGGUGACAGUCAACACGUGACACAAACAGAAAAAUAACAACGACAUUUAAAGCACCAUGAAGAAACCACGUGUUGACCGGGACCGGCUUCGAGAGCGUGAGCGUCAGGCACGCGCGGCGAUGUCGGUCCAGGCUGAGACGGUAGCGGGUGUUUUACCAGAUAUGGAUCGACAUGGUCACAAUAAUCAUGCCCAUCAUCAUGUUAAUUCACAUCCGUCCGCUGCCUCAUCACUCUUCGAUGCUCCAAUCAGAGUUAAUCCAGAUGCCCAAGAUCGAACAGCACAACAAGUACAUGCAAAACUUGGAAAUUAUUCAUUAGUUAAACAUUUACUUGAAGAUGAGCCAAAAAGAUUAUUUGGUAUUGAGGGUGUACCAGCAAGUCCUGCACCAUCAACAUCAUCAUCAUCGUCAUCAUCAACAACGCGACUCACUGCCAGCACAAAUAAUUCACGUAUAUCAUCAUCAUCCUCAUCAUCAUCACAAGAAUUUAAAAAACCAGGAUGUAAUGGACCAAGAACAAGUACAUUAUCAUCAAAUGCCUCAAGUCAUACAUCACAACGUGGUGGUUUUAUUAAACCAGCUGAUGGUAAACCACCCUAUGGUGGACGUGGUGGAUAUCCUGGACAACCAGUUAAACAUGGUGGUAAUAGUAAUGAUCACAGAAGUCAUGGUAUUUUACCAGCGAAAGGACCACCAUCAUCAUCCUCAUCAUCCUCAACAACAUCAUCAUCAACAACAACAACAUCAUCAUCAUCAAUAAUAUCUGGUAAUAAAGGAGGUAGUAGUUUAAGUGGAAAUAAUAAUAAUGGCCCAGCCUCUUCCGGUAGCUGUCCUCCUUCAACAACAAAUAUUCAAAAUUCGAGUAGAAGACUUAUUCGCAUACCACUUGAACCCAUUAAUCCUGCUGAAAUUACUGACGUUGAUGUCAUUCUCAAGGAAAUGACAUCGAUUGUAACGCCUAUUACGGCCAUUGCUCAAACACCAAGAACAGAACCAGAGUCAAAAUUCAUAUUUAAUGAUGAUUUAGCAAAGCUUGAGGUACCAGCACCAAUUGAACCCAUCAAAUCAUCACAAAGAGAACGAAAUGGGACCACCCGGCUUUCAACUGAUUUGGCACAUGACCUGAGUCUCUCAGAAGACAGUGACGAUGAAAUUGCUAAAAGCACAACGACGACAGCAUUAACGACAACGACAGCCUCGACAAAUUCCAGACUAAUGAAAAAUAGAAGUCCAGACUUGUCUGUCGAUUUAAAUACACCGUUGAUACCUGCCAUGACACCAGCACCACCCCCAUUGGCACCAAUGUCACCAAUGGGAAUGUCACCUCUGGGUCCAAUGACAUCCCCUAGAGCUUUAAGUCCUCCAAAAAAAUCUUCCACUGAAUUAACACUUUUAUCACCAUUAAGACCAAGUCCAGUACAUAAAAUUUUAUCACCAAAUCCAGUUAUUAAUAAACAAACACGACCACCAAGUCCACCUGGUAAAGCACCAACAAGUUCUGGAAGUGCAAGUUCAAGUUCUGAUUCUGGUUCUGAUUCUGGUACAGAUAGUAGUGAUGAUUCAGAAGAUGAUAAUCAACAAAUAACAAUAAAAGGACCAACAACACCACCAUCAUUAUCACCAAAAGUACCAAUUGAAGAACCACCACCAGCUGAAGAAUCAAAACCACGUUGGAAUUUAAGUAGUUUUUUUAAUAAAAAUUCAGUACAAAAUGAACAAUCAAGCGAAAUUAAAACAACACAAAAUAAUAGUACUAAUAAUAUAAAUAAUAAUAUAAAUAAUAAUAUAAAUAAUAUAAAUAAUAAUAUUAAUAAUAUUAAUAAUCGUGGUAGUUCAACUAGUGAUGUAUCUUUAAAUAAUAAUACAAGAACUAAAAGAGAUAUUGAUCGUGAAUGGUCAAAUAAUGAAGAUGAUACAAGUCCAACUAAAAUAACAAAUUUAAGUGAUAGUGAUAAUCAUGAAACAGAUAAUGAAAAGAAAAAAUCUAAUGAAUCUAAAAUAAAAGGACAAGAUAAACCAAAACCACCAGAUGCACGUAAACGUGGUAGACCACGUAAAUCAGUUAAAGAUUCAGCAAAAAGUCCAAGAAGUCAUAGAACAAAUCAGGAUGAUACUAAAACUAAUUCAAAAAUUAGACAAAGAAGUGCAUCAAAUUCAAAAAAGAAACAACCAAUAUCAAAAGCAACAAUUGACUCCAGUGAUGAUGACAGUGAUGCCAGAAUACGUGAUAGAUCAAGUGACUCUGAAGCUGAUAGAAGAGUAUCACCAUUACCAGUUACAUCAGGCAAAAGAAGACCAUUAUUAAGUGUAUCAUCAAGUGAUGAAGAUAGACCAUCAAUAAAACAAAAUGACAGUGAUGAUGAUUCACGUUGGCGAAAAAUUCGAAAACGUUCAAAACAACCAGAAUCACCAAAGAAAGAAAAUAAGAAAAAAAGUCCAACAAAAGUUAAACAAAGAAGACCAAGAUCACGUGUUACAAAUACAUCAGGUUGUCCAAGUGAUUCUGGUAGUGAAUCUGAUUCAACAAUAAGAAAUAAUAGAAUACAAGUUGCAAGAGUACCACCAAGACCACGUGCACCAUUAACACGUGCAACAUCACCAGAUAAUACAGAUAGUGAUAAUAGUCCAGUACCAAAAUUACAAGAAGAAGAUAGUGGUAAUGUACAAGAUAAAAAGAAAAAUGAUACAAUUAGAAAAGUAUUUUCUAGUAAAGGUGGUAAAGGUGGUGGUAAAGGUGGCAAAGGUGGUAAAGGUGGUGGUAAAUGUGGUAUAUAUGUUGAAGAGUAUACAGCAUCAGUUAAAACACCAACUGGUAAUGAAAGUCCAUAUAAAAGACCAUCAUCACAAGCAUCAUUAACACAAAAUUUUCCAUCAUUAACAUAUGUCAAUGGUAUACCAAGUUUAGUAUGUAAACUUGAUUUAAGUAAAAUAUCACAUAUACCACAAGCAUCAAGAGGACAAGAAUUACGAAGACGUACUGAAUUACCAGAUACAAGACAACAACAGCAACAGCAGCAGCAACAACAACAACAAGCUAUUAGUACUAUUAAAAAUGAAAAUAAUAUUGUAACGACAAUACCAGAAGAUGGUGAAAUUAUUGAUACACCAAAUCAACAAUCAUUAUAUCGUUCAUCAAAUAGUAAUAAUAAUAAUAAUGUUGUUGUUGAUAAUAAUAGUAAAUCAAAAAGAACAAAUAAAAGUGAUAAUAUUAUUGAAACAAAAGAUCGUGCUAUUGCAAGUGGUAGUGGUACAAAUACAAGUGGUAGAAAUUCAAGUUUAGGUGGUGCUAGUGGUAGUGGUAAUAGUUUUAAUAAUAAUUCAAAUAAUACAAGUAUUAUUAAACGUAAACGUAAUCCAAGUUGUAGUUCAUUAACAAGUUUAAAUACUUGUCAAUCAGAGACUAAAAUUAAAACAAGUAGUGAACACAAAGAAAAGAAAAAGAAAAAACGUAAACAUGCUGAUGAUGAUUCAGUAUCACCAAGGCCUUCCUCAAGACAGAAUGACACACAACCAACAAAUCACGAGCGGGAUGAUAAGUCUGAUAUUAAUUUACUGCCACCACCGGCAGUACCACCUCAGCGUCUUUACUAUUCUUACUUUCAUCAUCGUAAUGAACAAAUGGAAGAUCAGAAUGGGGACCAGAAUCAGUACCUGGGUGAAGCACAACGUUUAAAACACAGUGCAGAUGAAGAGAAAGAAUUAACAGCACAAGGCAUGUUGUACUUGGAGGCAGUAAUGUACUUUGUACUUACUGGUCACGCAAUGGAAUCUGAUCCAUUGACUGAAAGAGCCUCUUUUACAAUGUACCGUGAUACACUCAAGCUCAUCAAAUAUAUUUCAUCAAAAUUCAAGAGUCAACAGAUGGAUGGACCAGAAAGUCGUAUUAAUAAUAUUCUUGCUGUUUUAAGUUUAUGGUGUCAAUCACUUAUUCAUAUGAAACUCUUUAAAAUGAGAAAACGUGAAGUUAAUGAUUGUCAAAGAAUACUAGCUGAUUAUCACCAAAAAUAUUCUUUAGCAACAAGAGUACAAUCAGUUCAUGAGGGACAAGGAACACCCUCAUUAUCACCAACACCAUCACCAGCUGGUUCAGUUGGUUCAGUUGGUAGUCAAAGUUCUGGUUACAAUAGUGGUGAAUUAGCAAAUCGUGGUGUUGUUACAGAGUCACAUCCACCAGUACCAGAAUGCGUUAGUGUACCAAAAGAAGUUCAUGAAGCCAUGCAAUUUCAAAAUCAUCAUUGUACUUUAUUAAUAUAUUGCCAUGAAUUGUGGGACCAGGCACUUGCUCUCGUGACUGAUCAAUAUCGAGAUUUCUUCAUUGAAUUGGAUGAACAACUUGGUCCAUUGACGUUAAAGAGUUCGUUACGCGAUCUCGUGCGUUACGUGCAAGCAGGCAUUAAAAAACUUCGUGCCCUCUGACCUCAGUGGCAUAGUCCCAGACCACCAACACCCAACUACGUAACAUCGCUUCCUCACACAAUGGCAACGUAUCCAACAAUGUUAACAUAGCCAUUGUUUAGAAAAAAAAAAGCAAAUUUUUUUUUUCUUUUUUACAAAAGCAAUAUAAUUGUUUUUUUAUACGUAUUACAUCACAAGUGUUGGCGAAUGAUAAUUAUCAAUAGCAGGGACAAAAUUAAAGUUUUUUAAAAAUAAAUAAAAACCACAAUGCAUCAUCAUCUGGUCUUUUUGUAUGUAUCAGAUUUUUAAAAAUACAAAAUAUAUAUAUACAAAAAAAAAACAACACGUCGUAGUCAAUAUAAAUUACUCGCGUUCAGGUGUUUAUUUAUUCUCUGAUAAAAAACAAAAAAAAAAUACUAAAAAUAAAUUUAUAAAAUAUUAAUCAAGCACAUGUUACUUAGAGUGCGAUAUAUAUAUUAUAUAUAUAAAAAAAAAUUACCUGAAGACUGCGAUUGUGUAGGAACAAAAUAAAGAAAAAUGAAAAUGAAAAAAAAAAAAAAAGAAAAAUAUAUAUAUAAUUUUAAAGAAAUGUAGUAAAAUAUAUAUGUAUCGGUAGGACUCGGUGUUCGUCAUCUUCCUUUUUCUCCAGAGAAAAAAAAAAAGUAUUUAUAAAAUGCUUUUGUAAAAUGUUGAUAGAAAAUAAAAUUCUAACAACAACAACUGGGUGCUGUUAAAAAAGCAUUGCAAGUUAUUUAUUUAUUUAUUUAUUAUUUUUGUUUCGACAAUUAACUUGUGUAUAAAAAAACUAAUUUGACAUGAAUUAUAAAGUUUAUUACAACUUUAUCAAAUGAUAUUUAAAGAAGCAAAGAAAUCUAUAAGCAUAAAUUAAUUAUUGAUAAAUGUUUAUGAACAAAUGACUUUACAUGAAUUAAAAAAAUUGAUAAUUGUAAAAUAGUUAAUAUUAUAUAAAUAAAUAAAUGAAAACACCGAGUUAGCCUACCGAUAUUUGAGAAUGCGACAAAAGGAUCAAUUUUUUGUAGUUAUUCAGUGAUGACUAAUAAUUAAAUAAAUAAAUAUCGCAGAUAUUAAACUUAUAAAUAAAUAAAUAAAUAAAUAAAUAAUUAAUUAAUUAAAAAUGAAAAAACAUACAUAUUCUUUACAUUAUCUAAUUGGGGAUAAAUUAUUAGAGGUUUUAGUCGAUUGAUAUAUAAAAAAAAAAAUGCGAAAUAGUAGUUGUAAUUGUGAAUGUGGUUAUCGAUUAAAAAAAAAAUAAAUAAAUAAAUCCGAAUGACAUUAUAUAUUGAUGAACAAAAAAAAAAAAUAAUUAAAAAAUAAAAAAAAAUUAAAUAUAAUGAAUGAAUGAACAUAAUAGAGAAAAUAAAUUUAAAAAAAUGAAAAUAAAAUUAAACAAUAUUAAUUGAAAACAAGUAAGAAGUAAGUUGCUCAUGUGUAUAUUUUUGUAAAUAAGGAUUGAGUGCCGUCGCCUUCAGGGAAAGGGUCUCCCAUUAAAUAUUUGCAAUUAAAUAAAAUGCAAAAUAAAAAAAAAAAAUACUGAGGCUCUUGUCCGCCCCAAAUUUUUGCUACCAUAUGUCUUAC